AUGGCAGAAGAAACAGCAAAUAUCAACCCUGAUGGGAGCACCACAUUUGAAGGAGCUGAGGAAUCCACCAUGCCUCCUGUGGAAGAUUCCGGAGAUGCUGGUGAGACAGCUGGAGAAGCAUUCGAAGAAAUCGCACAAGGCGGAGACCCAGCAAUCUACUUGUUGUUAGUUGUCAUGCUUCUCGGUGUUCUAUUUUACAUCUACAAGAGAAAGUCCAAGGAAGACGAGGAUGAUUUCUUUGAUAAUCUUGAUGGAGAGAAGUUCAAUUUGAAACUACCCGCAGAGGUCGAUGAAUAUUAUGCCAUCAAGGAAAAAUGCUUAGCUGCUGGAUGGCAACCUGGAACACCACCCGACAAGGCCAAUCCCAGUCCACAACACCGAAUGCUCGCACAAGCGUUGAUGAAGCGAGCGAUUGGUGAUAUCCCACUUGUCACACAUAUACAAAAGGAAUCCAGCGGAAUGAAUAAAUUGUAUUCGCAAUCCAUGUGUUCGGUCAAACAAUGGCGUUCCUACCAGGCUGCCGAAGCCAUGGUCUCUUCCGAGGUGGAAGAAGUCCGAGGUGAAGCCGACGAAAUCGAAGCCGGCUGGAGUCAAGUCAUUUGGAGACAGGCAAUGCAAUACCACAACAUGCUCAAGCAAAAGCAUGAAAUGGAACAAAAGGCUGCUGCCGACGCGGCUGCCAAGAAAAUGGCAAUAGAUCAAGCCAAGAAGAAGACAAUGACCGAAGAGGAGAAAAUUAAGGCGGCAGAAAAGGCAGCUGCCGAACUCAUUAAGGCAGAGGAAAGGGAGAAGGACAGCAAAAAUGCUUUCAGUGGUGGAGUCAAGAAGGGAUUCUUGGAUAGCAAGAAGGGCAAGAAAAAAUAG